AUGUAUUAUUCACCCGAUGAACUGAUCUACGCACAACCUGUCGAUAUUAAACCAGUCGGAAAACCUAUAGCAUCAAUCCCGAUACGUGGACCACCGAAAGCUUAUGGACCAGCCAUGCCAAUGCCUCAUCGCACAAGACCACAAAAAAUUCCUCCGAAACGCGUUGGUUACGUAGGCAAUUCACGACCCGGCUUCUCUGACAAAUAUGGCGUUGCUGGUGGCAAUUUUCAUUUCUCACAGAGCAGUAACUUGUAUAAUGGUCACGAGACAAACUACGUAACGAGACCACCAACAUAUGCCAAUGAAAGCCCUUACGUCUUCGAAAACAAUAAACAGGGUUACAACAAGGUACCUUCUUCUACGCAGUCUGGAACAAAAACAGAAGUCGUUCAACAACACGUUCAUCACCACUUCGUCCACAGUGAUGCCGAUAAAGAUCCCAAAGUGAUUAUUAAACCAGUGGCUAUUCCUGUUGGUUCAAUUGGACACUUACAGUCCCCAACGCAAUCUUCUUCUUCAUCGGGACAUUUUGGAUCACAAACUUUUGGGCAACAAUCUACUGACGUCAUAACAGCAGGUGGAGGUGAUUUCAGUGGCUUUUCCUCUGGUGGUUUCAAACCAAUGACUGGUGAUUAUUUAAGUAACAAACCUGUUUACGAAACCGAUACAAUUUAUGGUUCUCAGUAUGGAAAUAACGCAUUUAACAAAGAAGGGUCUGGCGUUCUCACCCAAUCAUUACCAAACAGAUACCAAAAUAAUCUUUUUGAAGAUCAACAAAAGUAUGGAAACUCACUAGGCGCUUAUGGUGCUCAAGCACAAAAUACCGAAUUUUAUAAAAAAGAAUUACAUGUAGGCUCUAGUAACAAUUUAUACAGUCAAGGUCCCGCUACAUUUGGAUCAAAUAGUGCUUAUCAUGAAGCAAAAGAACAAGGUUUUGACUGUGUAUGUGUAAAUUAUGACCAAUGUCCAAAUCAGGAAAUCAUAGGCCGCAGAGACGAUUUGUACUUACCCAUCGAUCCCCGCAAUAAGGGAAGUGAAAUAUCAGCACUAACUGAUGAACAGAUAGAUAACAUUACUAAAUCUGAUACAACUGAAUCAACCACCCCACAAAAUUCAACGGAAAUCAAAAAAAUUAGUAAACGUGAAACAAAAGACAGCAGUGCAGGUGAAUCUGCAAAGGAAGCUGAACCACGUCAAGGAUAUUUUGGUCAACCUUCUAUUCAACAAUGCAGACAGAACCAGGUGUGCUGCCGUAGACCAUUAAAACCUCAAGCUGGAAAUCGUGGUCAAUGCGGUAUAAGACAUUCGCAAGGAAUUAACGGUAGAAUCAAGACUCCGUCAUACGUUGAUGGAGAAAGUGAAUUCGGAGAAUAUCCUUGGCAGGUAGCCAUAUUGAAAAAAGACCCUAAAGAAUCUGUGUACGUCUGUGGUGGAACUUUGAUCGACUCUCUUCACAUAAUGACGGCAGCUCAUUGCAUUAAAUCAUACAAAGGAGUCGAAUUGAGGGUGCGUCUAGGAGAGUGGGAUGUUAAUCGUGACGUAGAAUUCUACCCGUACGUCGAAAGAGACGUAAUCUCAGUUCAAGUACAUCCUCUGUAUUACGCCGGUACUUUAGACAAUGAUCUUGCUAUUUUGAAAAUGGAUCAUCCUGUAGACUGGACCAGAUACCCUCACAUUAGUCCCGCUUGCUUGCCAGAUAAAUACACUGAUUACUCUGGUCAAAGAUGCUGGACCACAGGAUGGGGUAAAGACGCUUUCGGAGACUACGGAAAGUACCAGAACGUACUCAAGGAAGUUGAUGUGCCGAUUCAUUCACACAGUGUUUGCCAACAGCAAUUGAGAAAAACUAGGUUAGGAUAUAAUUAUGAAUUGAAUCAAGGUUUCCUUUGCGCUGGUGGAGAAGAAGGAAAAGACGCCUGCAAGGGUGACGGUGGUGGACCCUUGGUGUGCGAGCGUGGUGGAACAUGGCAACUGGUAGGAGUUGUCUCCUGGGGAAUUGGUUGUGGACAACCAGGAGUUCCUGGAGUAUAUGUCAAAGUUGCUCACUACCUAGAUUGGAUAUCGCAAAUAACUGGGAAAUUUUCCCCCUAUUAA